UUCCGCCGGAGCCGAGGGAGGGCCGGAGGGGCUGAGGGAGGGCCCGAGCAGCGCCGGGGCCGUGAGGGGCUGCGGCGGCGGCAGCAGCGCAGCGGAGCGGCCGGGCCGGCCCCGCCGCCCGGGGCAGCCGGUGAGAGCCGCGGGGAGGAAGAUGAACCUGAAGUCGGAGCGCAGGGGGAUCCACGUGGAUCAGUCGGAGCUGCUGUGCAAGAAGGGCUGUGGGUACUAUGGCAACCCUGCCUGGCAGGGCUUCUGCUCCAAGUGCUGGAGGGAGGAAUACCACAAGGCCAGGCAGAAGCAGAUCCAAGAGGAUUGGGAGCUGGCAGAGCGGCUCCAGCGUGAGGAGGAGGAAGCCUAUGCCAGCAGCCAGAGCAGCCAGGGGGCACAGUCCCUGACCUUCUCCAAGUUUGAGGAGAAGAAAACCAAUGAGAAAACAAGAAAGGUCACCACUGUGAAGAAGUUCUUCACUGCUUCCUCCAGAGCAGGAGCUAAGAAGGCGCUGGCUGGCAAGCUGAAAGAGCUGCAGGAGGCCAAGGCUGCCGGCCCUGCCGUGCACAGGCAGGCCAGCAUUGAGACUGACAGGGUGUCCAGGGAGUUCAUCGAAUUCAUCAGGACCUACCAGAAACCUGGCCAGGACAUCUACAAGCAAUGCAAACUCUUCCUGGACACCAUGAGCCACAAAAGGGAUCUGAGCAUUGAGGAGCAAUCUGAGUGUGCCCAGGAUUUUUACCAAAAUGUGGCAGACAGGCUGCAGACACGUUGGAAAGUGCCCCCUGAAAAAGUGGAGAAGGCAAUGGAUGAGGUGGAGAAAUACAUCAUGACUCGCCAGUAUAAAUAUGUUUUUUGCCCUGAGACAACUGAUGAUGAGAAGAAAGACCUUGCUGUCCAAAAGAGGAUCAGGGCUCUGCACUGGGUGACUCCCCAGAUGCUCUGUGUUCCUGUCAGUGAGGAGAUCCCAGAGGUCUCUGACAUGGUUGUAAAGGCAAUCACAGACAUCAUCGAGAUGGACUCCAAGCGUGUCCCUCGGGACAAGCUGGCCUGCAUCACCAAGUGCAGCAAGCACAUCUUCAAUGCCAUCAAAAUCACCAAGAAUGAGCCAGCCUCUGCUGAUGAUUUCCUGCCCACCCUGAUCUACAUCGUGCUCAAGGGGAACCCCCCCCGCCUGCAGUCCAACAUCCAGUACAUCACUCGCUUCUGCAACCCCAGCAGGCUGAUGACUGGGGAGGAUGGAUAUUAUUUCACCAACCUGUGCUGUGCCGUGGCCUUCAUUGAAAAACUGGAUGCUCAGUCCCUCAACCUGAGCCAGGAAGAUUUUGAUCGUUUCAUGAGUGGCCAGACAUCCCCAAAAAAGCAGGAAUCUGACAGCUUCUCCCCAGAUGUGUGCCUGGGGGUGAAGCAGAUGUGCAAAAGCUUAGACCUCCUCUCUCAGUUGAAUGAGAGACAGGAAAGAAUUGUCAGUGAAGCCAAGAAAUUGGAGAAAGACCUCAUUGAUUGGACUGAUGGCAUCACCAAGGAGGUGGAGGAGAUUGUGGAGAAAUAUCCCUUAGAAAUCAAAGGCAAAAGCCAAGCCUUGGCAGCCAUUGACUCUGAAAAUGUGGAGAAUGACAAGCUGCCCCCACCCCUGCAGCCUCAGGUCUAUGCAGGAUAAUUCUCCUCAGCUAGCUGGGAAGGAAAGGAAAUUUAAAUCUUAAAGAGCUUAAAUCAGUACAUUUUUAAAGGUACUUUUGGUUUGGGGUUUGGUUUUUGGUUUGGUUUUUUUUUUGGUUAAGUGGAAUGAAUUGUAUUUAUUUUAGUCCUGUAGGUUUCUAUUAGGCUUUGGUGGGUUUUUUGAACUGAAUUUCGAUUUUUCUACACAAACUGGUGUAAUUUUUAAGCAACACUAGUCCAUUGACAUCCUGAAAGUUCCCUUCUAAGCAUGCACUUAAUUGUUUUUAAUAAUCAGUUUAACUUGAAGCCAAGUUCCAGCAGAAAAAAAAAUACCAAUGUUAGUCUGAACUUAUUCUGUAGCUGUAAAGAUGAAUUAUAUAUUGUAAAAUAUGUAAAAUUGUAAAUAGAUUUCAAAUCUAAUGUCCCAACUGUGCAUGAGCUCGUGUGUGAGUGAAAAUGAUCUCAAAAUAUUCAUUUUAGCACCUUUCAGUUCCACCAUGUUGCAGUAAAAAGGCAAAAAUGCUGUUGGAGUUUGGAUAACCUGGAGGGGAGAAAUUGGAAUAAUUUGCAAACUUGAAAAAAUCAUCUUAAUCUGCUUUGUUAAAAAAAAUUAUUUAAAAGAUGCCAUUUCUUCAUUUAAAUGCUCUUUCAGAACACCUGGUAGCCUUGAGUGGUGCACAAAGUGCUGAUUUUACUGUGUGGGGCCAGAAAUCGAAAAUAUUUCAGGAACAGGAGGAAAUAUUUGUAUUAAAAACUGCAAAAUGUGGAACAAAAAAAAAGGGGGGGAGGAAAGAGACCAUGAAAAAGCUGCUCCAAAAGUGUCUCUCUCUCCUGGUCACUUCCAUCAGUGGGAUGAAUUUUGGUUGCUUUUUUUGACAAUCCUGGGGAAAAUAAAUAAAUAAAUAAAUUCCUAUAACUUGAGGUUGCUUUUUAGAAAGAGCAGAAAAAUGCACUUUAUUUCCAUGAAACAUCAACGUUCUGCUCUUCAGUGACUCCUUCAGCACCUUGAAUGGCUUUUUGUGACACUAAAAAUCACUGAAAUUCAGAUUGGGGUGUAAAAGAGGAGCUCACCCCACAAAACACAACCUCUUAAACAGAACUUGGGAACUUUUUCUGUGUCCUUGUGAAAUCUCUUGCAGCUCCUGAGAUCCCAAACACAAAGCUCAGCUGGAGCUGCUUUUAAACCAGGUUUAAUUCUUGCCAUGAGGAGGAAAACACAAACCUGGUGCUUCAUUCCCAUUCCCUGAGGCUCCUGUGAAAUCUGCACUGCAAUAACUUCAGACCACGACUGUGAUUUCUCCUUUUUCUGGCAGUUUUUGGCCUUUUUAUGAACUAUGCACCACCCCUGGUGUCCACAGAAGCAGCUGCAGCGCUGGGGUGCUCAAAACAACAACAAAAAAAUCAAAUUAUUCCUUGUGUCACCACCCAAAUCGCUUAGUAAAUAAUCCUGGGAUUUAUUUCUUUUUAUUUAGGUGCUGAUUCUGAUCUCCAGGUUUGUCCCCAGGGAGGGGUGGGGGAAGCAAACCUGCAGCUGUUGUGUAAAUGAGAGUGUUUAAAUAAAAGUUCUGCCCUUUAAUGAGUCCCUAAACCCCUCCUGAUCUUUUGUUAUUCCAUUCAUAAUUCAUGGCUGCUCCUGCAUCCUCUGAGCUGGGAGAAUCUCCUUUUAUUUCCACCAAUUUCUGAUCAAUUUCAAAUAUCUCUUCCUAUUUCCAUCAAUUCUCAAGUGCCCUGCAAGUUCUAGGCUGGGUACCAAUGUUUAUUUUUAUUUUCUUUGCAGAGAAGUCAUUGGGAUGAUGGAGCACUAGGGAAGGAUUUUGUAACUAAAAUAUCUCUUUUUCUUCAUAUGCCAUCUUGUAAUUAAGGCACCAAAGUGGAGAUAUUUGGAGUAGAUUAGUCAGGAAAGGUGCAUUUGAGUCAAUUUGAUUUGAGUAAAUUUGAAAAAUUGACUCAAAAUUUGAGUAAAUGAGUCAGGAAAAAUGGAUUUCCACACCUGGAGUAAUCCCUGAGCAGGGCUGGAGCACAGAGGUGCUCAGAAAGUUUGGGUGAGACCCCAAUGCCGCAAAAAACAGCAAAGCAGAGACUUUAAUGGAAAUAUUAUCCCUUAAAGUGAUUUAAAUGGACAUAUCAUCCAUUAAAGUGAUUUAAAAUACAGGUGCUGUGCUGUGCCCUCAGUCACAGUGUCAGAAAUUUACUUCAUUUUUCCUGCUUUUAGCUCAUUAUCACUGAAAAUAAAGACUCUGCAACUCCU